CAUAGUGAUUCAACAGCCACAAACCUCUGCGAGUCUGGGAAUGGCUAAUCACCAAAACCAUGAAGAAAAUGAGAUGAAAGAAGCCCCAGUGGCUGUAGUGAUGGUGCCAUUUCCAGCACAAGGUCAUCUCAACCAACUCCUACAACUCUCUCGUCUCAUCUCUUCCUACAACGUAUCUGUUCACUAUGUAGGUUCUGUCACCCACACCCACCAAGCCAAGCUUCGAGUUCAGGGUUGGGACCCUCUUCUCCACCCCAACUUUCAAUUUCAUCAUUUCCCCACGCCUCACUUUCACUCUCCUCCUCCUAAUCCUAACUCCUCUGUUCAAUUCCCAGCCCAUCUGGAGUCAUCUUUUGAGGCAUCCUCACAGCUUCGCCAGCCUGUUGCUGCACUCCUACGUGAACUUUCUCCGAAAGCUAGGAGGAUCAUCGUUAUUCAUGACUCCCUUAUGGGUUCCGUGAUUCAGGAUGUUGCCUCUAUACGUAAUGCUGAAUCCUACACUUUCCAUAGUGUCUCCGCCUUCUCUAUUUUCUUGUUUCUCUGGGAGGCUGCGGGGAAACCUGUCCUUAAGGAGGCUAAAUUUCUUGAAGAUGUUCCAUCUCUUGAUGGCUGUUUCCCGUUGGAGUUCCUUAAUUUUAUCGCCUCUCAACAUCAGUUCAAGAAGCUCAAUUCCGGGAAUAUCUACAACACAUGCAAAUCAAUGGAGGGUUGUUAUGUCGAUUUACUGGACGGUCUAGAGAUCUAUGGUGGAAAGAAGAAGCACUGGGCGUUAGGGCCAUUCAACCCGUUGACUAUAUGCUAUGACAAAAAAUCAAAUCCUGGACACAGAUGCUUGGGGUGGCUAGACAAACAGGCUCCAAAGUCGGUCCUAUUGGUUUCUUUUGGAACCACGACGUCAUUAACAGACGAACAAAUCAAAGAGCUUGCAAUUGGGUUGGAGCAAAGCAAACAAAAGUUCAUCUGGGUAUUGAGAGAUGCGGAUAAAGGAGAUGUUUUCAGUGGAGAGGUCAGGAAAGCAGAACUUCCAGAAGGGUAUGAAGAGAGAGUGGGAGGAAGAGGGACGGGAUUAGUGGUGAGAGAUUGGGCACCCCAACUGGAGAUAUUGGGGCACAGUUCAACAGGUGGGUUCAUGAGUCACUGUGGAUGGAACUCAUGCCUGGAGAGCAUUAGCAUGGGAGUGCCCAUAGCAGCAUGGCCUAUGCACUCAGAUCAGCCAAGGAACACUGUGCUUGUAGCGCAAGUGCUUAAAGUUGGCUUGGUUGUUAGGGACUGGGCCCAAAGAGAGCAGCUAGUGGCAGCAUCUACUGUUGAAAAGAAGGUCAGAAGUUUAAUGGCAUCAAAGGAAGGAGAUGACAUGAGGAAGAGGGCAGCAGAAUUGGGAGCCACAAUACAAAGGUCAAUGGAUGAAGGGGGGGUUUCCCGCAAGGAGUUGGAUUCUUUCGUUGCUCACAUCACUAGAUAGAUUGGUUUGCCCUGGUGGAUUGCGUGUGUGCCCCUGCAUUAGGAUGUCAUCCAAAUUCAUCACCCAUUCUUUUAGCUUUUGUUGUCUUUUUAAGCCAAGGAUGUCUCGGGAUUUCUCCAAAAUAAACUAAUGCAGCAUACAAUGUUUUCAGCCUAAA